UCGUGUUCGAUUGGCUGCUUGCAGACUAUGUAGCCAAUGAGCGUGCAGAUUUUCACUGGAUCCUGUGAAUGACAAUUCAGGAACUCCUGCUCACACCGCAUGUAGCGCAAAGAAGGAGGCGUAAACACUGACAUAGCUAGGUAGCCAGCAAGAUAAUGGAGUGUGGCGGCAACAGCGAGUGCUUUGGAUGUGGCCGCUCGGGGCACUGGAUCAAGAACUGCCCCAGUGCCAGCGGUUCACGUGGACGUGGCAACAGGGGCCGAGGAAGAGGCAAGGAGCUGUUCUGUUAUCGGUGUGGAGACCAAGGGCACAUGGCCAGGGACUGUGACCAAACUGAGGAUGGUGCGCAAGCGUGCUACAACUGCCACAGGAGUGGUCACAUUUCCCGGGACUGCAAGGAGCCCAAAAAGGAGAGGGAGCAUCUGUGCUACACUUGUGGCAAAGCCGGCCACAUGGCCCGCGACUGUGAUCACGCCAACGAGCAGAAGUGCUACUCGUGCGGUGGGUUUGGCCACAUCCAGAAACUCUGCGAUAAGGUGAAAUGUUACAGGUGUGGCGAGAUCGGUCACGUUGCUGUGCAAUGCAGUAAAAACAACGAGACUAACUGCUACAACUGUGGAAAGCCAGGCCACCUGGCAAAAGAAUGCACCAUCGAAGCCAGCGCAUAAUCAGUGAACCUCUGUUGCCCCUCCUUUUUUCAGAUUGAUGGUUGGUUGUAUUAUUUUCUCUGAAUCCUCUUCACUGGCCAGCGUUUGGCUAACAGAGGCUAGUCCCAGGCCAGUGAGCCUCUUGACAUGUUAUACAAUGAAAGGGGUGAAAAAAAAUAUCUUUCUGCAUUCAAUACAAAAAGUUUUAGUUUGGUAGCGGUGUUUAUGUAUAAUGCUUUGUUAAAGAGCCCCCCUUUCCAAGCCACUGGUGAUCAGAGAUGAAUAAAUGGGACGAAACAUACGGGAAUCUAUAGGACCUCUGAGCUUGUGGAAGAGAGCCUCAGUAAAAUGAGAUAGAAGAAGGGAGUAAAUGGAAACCGAACUUCCAUGUAUGGUUAUUUUGGUUUGUUUUAGUGGGAUAUGAGUUGUCCAAGAGAGUGAGACAUGGAAACAGGUCAUAACAUGAUGCAUUUCAGCCCUGCAAGCAGCUAAGUGGGCAGUAACAAACUACAUGUUAUAUUGCUAAGAUAUAAAAAAUUUUGGAGGUAUAAAAGAAACACGUUCUUUUAUAGAAAUCUGUUUACAAUUUAAAUAUCACUUGGUAGUCCAAGGUAGACUUUUCCUUUUAAAAUGGCUUUGGAAUUUUUUUUUCUUACCUUGGCAAAAAUUUAACAUCAUGAACAGUUGUCAGAACAGCAGAAUUAGGAGUUAUUUGGGAAUGAAAAAAUGUUUUCACAGAAAUCAAAAUGUUAUUUUUGUACAAUAUCACUUAGUAGACUACUGUAUAAAUACCAUUUGCUUGUACUCAGUUUUUAAGUCGGAAGGAAAGUGCAACUGAAGUCCUAGAAAAUAGAAAUGUAAUUUUAAACUAUCAAUAAAGCUGGAGGAGCACGGGGAGGA